CCGAGCCACAGCAAGCGAGCCACCAUCGAUUGAUCUCUCUACACCCCACGCAGUAUGGCGGACAGCAAUUCGGCAAACGAAAACACCACCCGGUGCCACUCUGGAUUACUAUUUGCGGCACCACAUGGCACGAGUGAACUAGUGAGUUGUUGAAGAGUUGAGGGGCCCCCGGGUGUCAUGACGUCACAGCGGGAAGGGCCCGCUGUGGGCGGAGAGGGCCACCAUUACCAGUACGUGGGGCCCUACCGAAUAGAGAAGACUCUGGGAAAGGGGCAGACAGGUUUAGUAAAGCUCGGAGUUCAUUGUGUGACAGGAAAAAAAGUAGCCGUUAAAAUCAUCAAUCGAGAAAAACUUAGUGAAUCUGUUCUUCAAAAGGUCGAAAGAGAAAUCGCCAUCAUGAAACUAAUUGAGCAUCCACAUGUUUUAGCUUUAUACGAUGUUUAUGAGAACAAAAAGUACUUGUACCUAAUCCUGGAGCAUGUGUCUGGUGGCGAGUUGUUUGACUAUUUAGUGAAGAAAGGUCGCCUCACGCCUAAAGAGGCACGAAAGUUCUUCCGACAAAUCAUUUCCGCCCUUGACUUUUGUCACAGUCACUGCAUAUGCCACCGGGAUUUGAAGCCCGAAAAUCUCCUAUUGGAUGAGAAGAACAAUAUUAGGAUAGCGGACUUCGGCAUGGCGUCCCUUCAAAUGGAAGGAGCCAUGCUUGAAACCUCCUGUGGAUCUCCCCAUUACGCCUGCCCAGAGGUCAUAAGGGGAGAGAAAUACGAUGGCCGGAGAGCAGACGUGUGGAGUUGUGGUGUAAUUUUGUACGCAUUACUUGUGGGUGCCUUACCUUUCGACGACGAUAACCUCCGUCAGCUGCUAGAGAAGGUGAAACGCGGCGUCUUCCAUAUCCCCCACUUCGUCCCUCCUGAGUGCCAGGACCUGCUUAGGGCCAUGAUUCAAGUUUGCCCCAACAAACGCAUGGCCUUAGCUGAUGUGACAAAACACCCCUGGGUCACUGCAGGGAGUAAAACCGAAUUAGAAUUAGAACUACCUAUGAAAGAAGUCGUUCAGACGCACGUGAUACCCUCAGCAGAUGCCAUUGAUCCGGACGUGCUAUCGAGUAUGACGUCACUGGGGUGCUUCAAAGACAAGGAGAAACUAGUCGAAGAGCUCCUCAAACUCGACCACAACACGGAGAAAGUCAUCUACUUCCUAUUGUUGGACAGGAAGAGGCGGAAACCGUGCUACGAAGACGAGACAGAAGUCAUUCUAAGGAGUAGAUCUGAAUCUGUUGACCCGCCUCGGAAACGUAUUGACACAUGUGUUGUUAAUGGUAACUCUGGCCCAAGGUAUCAAUUCGACUUGCUGAGCGAUGGCUCGCCCAUGCAGCCAAGGAGGCAUCCAUAUGGACGGAGUCGGAGAAGUAGCAGCAAUUUACAUGCUGGAAGUCCUUCAAUUUCUCCAAUGAGUUCACCGAAGCCAACACCCCGUACAGCCCCCGAUGAAAGCCCAUAUAACACUCCACCCGGAUCUCCAUGUAUCAACCAGCCCUACUGGAAAUCUCGCCUCAGCACCAUCAAAAAUAGUUUCCUUGGCAGCCCAAGGUUCCAUAGGAGGAAACUGCAAGCCGAUGAAAUUGGUCUUACACCUGAAUCUUCACCAGAGCUGACGAAGAGGUCCUGGUUUGGAAGUCUCAUGACAUCCGAGAGAGACGAAAGUCAUGUGAUCUUAGUCAAGGAUCGACCACUAAGCUCUGUGAAAGGAGAUCUCAUCCAUGCCUUUCUAUCAAUUGCUGAUCUGAGCCACAGUGUGCUAACGCCCAUGUCGUUCCGGGUGGAGUACAAGAGACCCAGUGGCCCCAGUAUGUUCCAGAGGAAUGUUCGAUUUCACGUGGACAUAGCGUCGGCCGCUGGGCCCCAAGACAUCAAUACAGUGGGUAGCCCAGGGGUUUACUGUAUCAGCUUCACGCUUAUCUCAGGUCCCCUGCGAAGAUUCAAACGCAUCUGUGAGCACAUUCAGGCUCAGAUUUUGAGCCGCCGACCCAACGCUUCUCCUCGCAUAAGUCGCCGCUCCACCAACGAGAUGAGUGACAGCUCCUCUUGCGGCUCUGAAUCUUUAUCCCCGACUCCACCUUCUCUACGAGUAUCGGAUGACAUGUCGGUGGGGUCACGACCCCAGAAAGAUGUUGGUACCUCCGCUGCCCUAGCUCGUUGUAAAUCGGACCAGGAUCAAUCGGACAUAUUCGAUUCUUCACCUUCUCCUAAUAAGACUGUCUCAGCCAAUCAGAGGCGAGCGACAGGAGGUGGUGAUGAGCUGGUCAGCAAAAUGGUCAGCAACGGGAACAGUCGGCGGUCGAACUUUGAAAAUUUGAACAAAUCGAAAGUGUGACGAAAGGGACGAAUGGUGUGAUAUAUUUUUUACGUUUUCAUUUUUCCUGAGCGUCUCUUGUGUGUUUGCACGUGGUCGCCACUUAAAAUUACGUGUUUUAUUUCUAAAAAUUGCAAUUUAAAGAAAAAAUUAAUAUAUAAAUAGAUCGUUCAAAGGCCAUUUCUAAACUAUCUGCAAACUUUGCUCCUAAAGUGUUUGGAGUAAUUAUAAUUAACUAUUUUAUAACGGAUAUUAAUAUUACUAAACGUCAGAGAAAUAUGUUUUCAAAAAGUUUGUGUACACUAUUUUAAUCAUAAACAAGCAUUAUUUAAACUAUUAUUUGAUUUUGAAUUUAGGCUCAUCUGCAAGCUGAGCGUAACAAGCAAAAAAAUCUAUAUCGUGCCAUAUCCUUUGCAGCUUCAUUGACGUCUGAAUUUAUUUUGGAAUGAUGUAUUUUAAUUGUCAGUACUGUUGACAGCAAAAGCGCUGGCUGUCUUACGAAACAUUUUAAAAUAAUGCAGCUAAAUGGAAAUACAUAAAUAUUUCUUAGUAUACUGAAAAUUAGAAAAUACAUUUUUAAUACUCGAAAUUGUAAAAUAUUCAAUUAUUUUUUUUAUUUUUAGCUUUAAAUCUCGUUUAAACUCAGAUUCAUUAUCAAUAUCUUAAUUUAUUCAAUUACUUCAUGCUUAACAAUUCAUCCGAAAUUUAAAAUCUUUUUUUUUUCACAAACUGUUAAUUAAAGAAAGCAAAAGCACAAAGUAAAGAAAUGUAUUAUUAGAAACUGCAAAAAUUUGUAAUAUUUUAAAACUUAAUUAGUUUUAGUGUAAACUUGGCUUUAUAAUGCAUAUUACAAGUAUAAAGAAAUAAAAUUAAUUUUUUGGCCUAACGUUAAAACUUGGAUUUAAAAUGAAGGCUGUAUUUUUUCUUAUAGUUGUCGUCUUGUCCAUGACACCUCCAUGCCGUUUACCACUCUUCUUCCCUACCAUCAAACCACGCGAGAGGACUUUCGGCUCGCUAUAUAUUUAGGGUGCGCCCAUGCCGCAAAGACACUAUACAUUUACAAACAUCCAUGAUUUCUCCGAGAUUCGAAUUCGGGGCCUUCGUUACCGCACUAGGCUUCCCUAACCACUAUACCGUCUGGGUGGUUGUACUUUUUCUGAUUUAAAGUUUUAUUUUGGCAUGUUUCACUUCCAUUUGAUUAUAUGACACUGCAGUUCUAAAGAGUCAGUUAAUGAUGAUUCAAACUAAAUUAUAUAUUUGGUCAUAGCUAUUUCCAUGAUAUUCAUAAAAAAACUAUUUAUCCUGUUGUAAAGUUGCGCGCUUCCAACCUGCACGCAACAAAGUGGUGACUGCUGAAAACUGGAAAUUAGACAGAGUCUUGAGAAGGGUUUUUA